UUCGUCCUCUUUCGUCGUCGUCUUCCAAGUUGAACAGUCGAGCGUUUCGUUGUACACGGUCAAGAAUUCCACGAUGAAGAUUUAUCUCGCAUUAUUACUUAGCUUAGUGGCUUUCGCGUUUGGAGAAGACAUCAAAGAAGAAGAAGAUGUCUUAGUCUUAACCGAAGCUGUUUUUGAUCAAGCUAUCACAGACAAUGAGCAUAUUCUAGUCGAAUUUUAUGCCCCAUGGUGUGGACACUGCAAAGCUCUGGCCCCAGAAUAUGCGAAAGCUGCCAAAACUCUCAAAGAACAAGGCUCGGCCAUUAAGCUUGCAAAGGUUGACGCCACCGCAGAAACCAAACUUGGGCAGAAAUACGAAGUGCAAGGUUACCCUACAAUCAAGUUUUUCAGGGCAGGAAAAUCUGUAGAAUACUCAGGUGGCCGUACAGCUAGCGAAAUCAUCACUUGGUUGGAGAAAAAGACUGGUCCACCAGCCAAAGAACUGACAACUGCUGAUGAAAUCAAGGAAUUCACUANCCCCCCCCCCCCUUUAUUAAGAAGAUUUAAGAGUGUCUUUAAAACGUUUGGGUUGAUCACCACUGUACGAGAGUGCUUGUCCGAGGACAGCUCGACCGAACAACAGUUGCUUUGGGAUGAGUUCAUCUGGUAA